CCAAGAUGCCUUUUGUUGAAUCCUCCAGAAGGCGCAAGAGAAAGGUGGAAAAAGAUGCAUUAUCUUCAGAGACCUCGUCCAAACCUCACAAAGUCACCUUACUGAGCCCGUCUCUCCUCCUGCUGGAAAUCCCUGCUGACACCAACUGUAGUCUCCCAGUGUGGGACGCCAUGAGAUCCCAGCAGGUUGACGUCGCCUGGACCUCCAACCCUUACAGCGUCAGUGUUCAUUUGACCCCUCUGACCUCCGCACAGGGGAAGACGACAGCUCCCAGUGAAAGUGAAAGCGAAAGCAGCGAGGCAACUUCUUACAGCCUCGUUCAGCCGCACAUGGUCAUCCAGUCCAUCGGUCAACAGCACAGCGCCACCCAGAACACGUCCUGCAUCGUGCUCACUUUCCCCCAAAACAGCACCCAAACACAACCAAGCCACUCAGGGCAAACACAGAUGACCCCUGCAAUCCAAAACACCUCCCUCAUCGUCCCUCUUCCACUCAUCAUCACCCAACUGCCUGUCACUCAGCCAAGCACCCCUACAAAGGAAGAGGUCAAACCAGCCGUCCACACCCCGACGGCUACCCCCACCAAGCCAAAAGUCCCGUCAGAUGUACCUGUCCCGUCUCCUUUCCACACCAAGUUCUGCGGCUGCACGCUUAUCUGCGACAACUUCCUGCUGAAUCUGUGCCGCGCGGGUAAAACGUGUAAGAUGCACCACACUCCUUACCCGUUUCACUGGCAGCUGUGGGCCGUGAGCGCCCACCAAUGGAUCGACCUCCCCGCUCGCUCUCAGCUUCUAAUGGAGAGGUCUUACUGUGACGUCAAUCAAGAGGUCGUUUUCAUCAAAGACGGGAAUGCCCACAACACUCUGAGCUUUGACAUGAUGGAUUUGGACGAUCAGACGAAGUAUGACAGGGUCAGACGACUCACCAACUCUGACAAUCCACUCAGGAACCAGCAUUUUCCCAACCAAUGGAAAAUCUACUGGUGGAACAAUCUCAGCUGGGACGAGUACGAGGAGAGUAUCUCCGCCCUGCUGCUCAACAGCAUGAGUAAAAAAGAACCCGAGUUUUCCUUCAACAUCGGCGCUCAGCAGUACAAAGUGGACUUCACCACUAUGACCCAGACCAACGUCACCACGGGUUUCCAGAGAGACGUCCGCUGCAGACCCGUCUACCGCUCCCCGGAGUCCAUGCGACCUUACCUGCAGACUGGAAUCCAGACUGAACCUUCAGCAGCUAACUUCAGCGUUAACCCUCUGGAGGAGUUCACCUCCUGGUAUCCUCCUGUGUGGUCUCUGGUUGUAGGGCAGGACUACAGCCUAGUGGACGUACCCAUGGGCUCACAGGUUUACCAGACGGUCCAAAACCUCUUCUAUGAGAGCCUGCCUGAGUCCAAAGUGGACGUCAUCCAAAUCCAGCAGGUCCAGAACCAACUCCACUGGGAUAAGUACCAGAGGCACAAGGUGUACAUGCAGAAGCAUCACGCCAAGCAGAAGGAACCGCUGGAGCGACAUCUCUUCCACGGCACGACCGGAGACGCCGCGGAGGAGAUCUGCCACGACAACUUCGACCCGCGCGUGGCCGGGGUUAACGGAGCGUCCUACGGUUACGGUUCCUACUUCGCUACCAGCGCCUCGUUCUCCAACACCUUUUCAGCCAAGGUGGGGCCGAGCGAGGUCCGCCACAUGUUCCUCGCCAAAGUCCUGGUUGGAAAGGUGAGCAUCGGAAGGAAUAACUACCGCAGGCCGCCUCCGCUCAGCUCCAAGGCGAAGCAGUACUGUCGCUACGACACCUGCGUGGACAACAUGGACCAUCCCACCAUGUUUGUAGUUUUUGACAGCUGUCAGUGCUAUCCAUACUACCUUAUCAAAUACAAAGAGCUGCCCAGGGAGAUAGACAUUUGUUGAAAUCAAACAAGAGCAGCACUGUUAGCAGAGUUCAUUAGCUUGAUGCUAAUUGUUUGGAUUUAAAACUGCUGUUAUAAAACCUUCAAAUGUAUUAAAUGUUAUCAACAGUAGAUGAUAUUCAAUGAAGUUCUGCUCAGCAAUAAAGACAUGCAACCAUGUAGUUCA